AUAGACAUUAAUAAUUUAAUUUUUCUCUUUUACCAGAGUAACAACAUAGUUGCUAGCAAAAAGAACAAGAGGAAAGGAAACAAUUCGACUGAACCUUACGCUACAACUCAACAUAUAAAUGACAACACUUAUCCCGUGUACUCCUCCCUCUCAAACGUCUCUACCUCUGAAAUAUACGGUUUGUAAUGGAUUCGUCCAUCUCAUAGGGAUAAGUGUAGGGAUUGAGAUGCCAAUCUAAAUUCGCAACCGGCGACAUCCUUGGAAAUGAGUGCACUAGUUGCAUCUCUUUCAUAUUCUUUUUUUCUUCCAGUCCCCUAGCGAUUUUUGAGUCUGUCAGUUAGAUAAAAAGCUCAUCAUAAUAAUUUUCAUUCAAAUUUUGCUUUGUGACUGUCUAUUAAUGACUAGGCAUUCCAUGUGCGGAACAAUUUCAAAACUCUACUAAUAGACAGGAAUUGAAUAAAAUAGUUGCAGUUUUUACUGUGUUCAAGAAAUCUUAACGGGAUUAAAGUUCAUAUAUACCGUUGCUCGCAAAUCGGUCUCUUUAUAAACAUAUAUAAUUCACAAUAAAAAAAUAAUAAGUUUGAAUUUCCGUUAUUUGAUUGUUUCUGCUGUAUUUCCCCAUUUUGAAAUAAGAAUUAUUAAAAGCAAUAUUAAUUUAUUUAGUAAACAAAAAUGACUUCUAAAACAGUAUUACUUUUGAAAGCUGCUGAUGAUUCAUCUUCUGAUCCAUAUUUUGAGAAGUUACAUGAGGCUGGGAUUUCUUCAACAGUUAUUCCGACUUUAGAAUUUAUUUUUGUAAAUGAUGAAAUUCUUAAAAAUUCUCUUUUAUGCCCUGAAAACUUUAGUGGUAUAAUUUUUACAAGUCCACGUACUGUACAAGCUGUUCAUCGGAUUUUUGACACAACAGGAUUUGAUAUUUCAAAAUGGCAAAAAAAGAUGAAUUAUGCUGUUGGAGAAGCCACCUCAAAAUUAGCUGCCUCGCUUCUGCAGUUAGAUUUGUUAGGAGAAGAAGCUGGGUCUAGUGAAGAACUUUGCAAAGUUAUUUCAUCUUCUGUUGACUGCGACAAAUUUGUGGAACCAUUUUUAUUUCCAUGCAGUCAAAAAAGUAAUGAUACUAUACUAAAGAUUCUGACAGAAAGUGGCUUGCAAGUGAAAAAAGUAAUUUGCUAUAAGACAGAAAGUAAUUCUCAUAUGAAAGAAAAUUUGGAAAGAUUAAUUGCUGAAAAGGGUAUUCCAGAUAUCAUUGUGUUUUUCAGUCCAUCUGGAGUUGAAUUUAGCAGCAAAAUUAUAAAUGAAUCUUUGUGGAAAACAAAGCAACCUCAAUGCAUAGCGAUUGGGCCAACAACUGAGCAAGCAAUUAAGAAAGCUAACAUGAAUCUCUGCAAAGUUGCCAAAAAGCCAAAUCCAGACAGUGUAUUAGAAGCAGUUAAGAGCCUCCUGUAAACUUAUGUUGGAUGAUGUUUCUUCUUUAAUCUUAUUUCAUAUUACUUUCACAGUUUUUUUUUUAAUUUAAAAUUUUUGCAUUCUUUUAGAUACAGAAGGAUAAAACUUUAUCGCAUAACCGAAAUAUUUAUAGUAUUUUAUAUAGUUUAUAUGCAUGUAUGAUAGUGCAUAGAUGCCAAUACUUUGGAGAGAGGGCAUCCGUCAUUAAAUUACCUAUUUCAUAUGAAUAUGCAAUUUGAUACUGAAAAAGUCAUUUGCUUUUCUAAGUAUAAUAAAUCUUCCUUUAGUAAAGUUAUUUUUCAUUCUUUAAAUUGCCCACCUUACAAAAUAAAUAAUGAUCUUUUUGACUGAUCAAGUGAAAAAAUUUUUUUAUAAGUGAAAAGCUGUACAUAUCUUGUAAAGGCAUAUUUCACACCACAAAAUGUUCAAAAUGAAAGAAAUUAGUGUUAGUGUAUUCUAAGUUUACUGUAAUAAAAGUUUUAUUGUGAAAGUAUUGUGUUAUUGUAAUAUAAGUUUAUUGUGCAAGUAUUUACACUGUAUAUUAAAAAGAAUU